CGGGACUGCCGGGCCUGCGGCCUUGUAGGAUAGCGCACCCACCGACUUGCCAACAAGACAAGUCACCGGGGUGCCUAGACGACGGCGACGUGUGGUGUCACGUGUCGCGGGGCGCUCCUCGUCUGCGCGCUUGCGCGCGUCCCAGAGGGCCUCUGACCGGCUUGCGCGCCUGUGCGGGGCCGGAGGCGGGGGGCGGACCAGCUGCGGCUGCGGAGGCCGCGGGGCCCGAGGACGGAGAGGGCGGGGUCAGCUCCGGGACCGCGGCGACAACACACCAAACGAGCGAUAGGGCCCGAGGGCAACGAUGCUGUGGUUUCAGGGCGCCAUUCCGGCCGCCAUCGCAUCAGCCAAGAGGAGCGGCGCGGUCUUCGUGGUGUUCGUGGCAGGUGAAAGAGGCGAGGGCCCGAGAUGUGGCCGGGUCAUUCCCCACCCCGCCCCGGCCUACGUCCAACCCCAGAAGCCCCCUGCCUUUCGUCCUCGUGCUGAGGGGCCCGGCCUGUCGGUGCUGACUGGCUUCUCAGCGCCUCCCCCGUCCGUUUGGAGCUCACCGGGCUUUGCCCCCACCACCGGCUUCUCCCGGCCUUGUCCGGAGAGCGCGCCUAGCCCCGCCGUCACCUCUCUGUGCGGGGCGAGGGGAAGAGCGGAGCAGGCCCUCGCCCGCCCUGCCCCGCAGCUCCCCGCCGAGCCUUACUCCGGGCCGCCUGCGGAGUUGUUGCUCACAGACCCCCACCGCCCCCGUUGGAGAUUUCUGUCUCCGAGGACCCGCUUCGGGAAACUUUAAAGCCGCUGUCAUUAGUGUUGAGGUGCGGGGAGAGACAGGCCAUUAGCCAGGCAGGCAGUUUGUAACUAGUUGUGGACUGCCAGGAAGAAAGCUGUGUCAUAGGUAAUCCACAAAGAGAAACCACCUGAUGUCACGUUCCUGAGACGCAAACUUUUCAGGUGAUGAUGAGCAGUCUACACAGAUGGCUGCAAGUUGGGAAGAUGACAAGGUGACAGAAGCAUCUUCAAACAAUUUUGUUGCUAUUAAAAUCGAUACCAAAAGUGAAGCCUGCCUACAAUUUUCACAAAUCUAUCCUGUAGUAUGUGUUCCAUCCAGUUUCUUUAUUGGAGACAGUGGAAUUCCCUUGGAGGUAAUAGCAGGAAGUGUUUCUGCAGAUGAACUUGUUAGCAGAAUCCACAAAGUCCAGCAGAUGCACACAUUAAAAGGUGAAACAUCAGUGGCAAAUGGUAGCCAGUCAGAAAGUUCAGUCUCUACCCCAUCCAACUCAUCUGAACAUAACAACACUUCUGAAAAUUGUCAGUCUGGAAAUGUAGAGCUUCGCAAGACACCACCCACUUCUCCUGAUAAAAAGUCAGAUUCUGCAGCAGGAGGAGAAAGUUCAGGCCAUGCUACUGUGUCUCAGGAGCCUAGUGGAUGUUCAAAUCAGAGACCUACAGAGGACCUCACCGUCAGAGUGGAAAGACUAACGAAAAAGCUUGAAGAAAGAAGAGAAGAGAAAAGGAAAGAGGAAGAACAGAGAGAAAUUAAGAAGGAAAUUGAGAGGAGGAAAACUGGUAAAGAAAUGUUGGAUUAUAAAAGAAAGCAAGAAGAAGAAUUAACAAAAAGAAUGUUAGAGGAAAGAAACAGAGAAAAGGCAGAAGAUAGGGCAGCUCGAGAGCGUAUAAAACAGCAGAUUGCACUGGACCGUGCAGAAAGAGCUGCUCGUUUUGCAAAGACGAAGGAAGAAGUAGAAGCUGCUAAAGCUGCUGCCCUGCUGGCCAAACAGGCAGAAGUGGAAGCUAAGAGAGAUUCUUCCACAAGAGAAAGGAGCUCUGUUGCAAGAAUUCAAUUCCGUCUUCCUGAUGGUUCUUCCUUUACAAAUCAGUUUCCUUCUGAUGCUCCUCUAGAAGAGGCAAGGCAGUUUGCUGCACAGACUGUUGGCAACACUUAUGGUAAUUUUUCACUAGCAACCAUGUUUCCCAGGAGGGAAUUUACCAAAGAAGAUUAUAAAAAGAAAUUAUUGGAUUUGGAACUUGCCCCAAGUGCUUCAGUGGUACUAUUGCCAGCAGGAAGACCAACUACAUCCAUGGUACAUUCUUCCAGUGGAGACUUUUGGACCUUGUUGGGGACAGUACUUUACCCAUUCCUGGCCAUCUGGAGAUUGAUUAGCAACUUCCUAUUUAGUAAUCCUCCUGCACAGACCUCAGUGAGAACAGCAUCAGUGGAAUCCUCAAACCUUGCAUCUGCUAGCAACUCGGAGAAAAGGGAACCAGUCAGAAAAAGAGUGCUGGAGAAACGGGGGGAAGACUUUAAAAAGGAGGGCAAGAUAUAUAGACUGAGGACUCAAGACGAUGGUGAAGACGAAAACAACACUUGGAAUGGGAAUUCUACGCAACAGAUGUAGUGUGACAAGUACAAUAUGCGCAAUAAUGAUUGUUUCUCUUAUGAUUUCAUUCAGCUAAAAUUCUACUGGAGAAGUGGGACUGCUUUAUGUUUUCCAACUCACUACCAAGUGUCUCUUUAUUCCUGCUUAGUGGGUUCAAGUUGUUUAACUCAGACAAGUCAAGAGAGAAAAUAACUGGCUGCUAGGUCCUUGUAUAUGGUAACCAACUGCUAGAAGCCUAAAAACAACAACAACAACAACAAAAUCAAAAGGUCUGCGACAACCUCCCUUUAUCAGCUCUCUUAUUCAGUAUUUCAUGUACCCGUUAGCCCUGUGCUCUUAAGACGACAGGUUUUGUUUAGGGCUGUUUUGCUUCAGAACUCCUAAACCCAGAGUAACUGGUAUGUCACGGAGUAAUCUGACUCUGAGUCAGAGCAUUUUAACUAGCCUAUCAGAUGAUAAUCUAGGCUUAACUUUUCUCCUUUUGCUCAUCAGCUGCAAGCAAAAUCUUGUAGUUUUUAAUCUUACUUAAAUACUGAAUAAAAAAAUCUUUUCCAAAAA